AUGUCUGAUAAAUUAAGGUAUAAAGGAAAAUUUAUCAAGAAGAAGGUUUUAAAAAAACGUUUACAACUUAUCAGUUCAAUCAAGAAAGGUCGUGUACAAAAAAUGUCAGUGAAUGACGAUUGUAACCUUAAAGUUGGAAAACGUAUAGUCGAUAUUGAUGUAUUGGCUGAUAAUUUAAUAUUUGAUACUGGUAAAUUUCAUGCUUCCAAUGAUAAAAACAAGCGUGCAGAUAUAAACACAAAAGUUGUAUUGGGUGCCAUACAUGCUGGAAUUGGAUGUAAAGCUUUAAAUAAAGUUUUAGCCUGUGCCAAUUUACCAAACAUUUCAAGUGCUUUAUAUAAACGCUACGAACGAGAAGUAGGGCCAGCUAUAGAGGCUGUGGCCAAAGAAAGCUGUAAAUCCGCGGCUGAAGAAGAACGAGGAUUAGUUAUUAAGAAAAUCGACGAGUUGUGUAAAAAGCUGUAA